AUGUCAGGGCCACCUGCGGGUGCUCCACCCACAUCAUCACUGUCGGGGAUAGCCAGUUCAACUUCUAUGACAACAACAUCGGGCAUACCCAUUAUUCCGUUGGUGAUCUAUACUACUCCGCCAGAUGGCUUGCGCACGAGCAGCAUUACAGAAUUUCUCUCAGCGAGCAACACUGUCUUGACGACGACCGAGAAUGGCCACCAAACCAUUAUCCCAGUUAUUGCUGGUAUUGGCAUAUGGGGAAUCCCACACCCAGGCACAUUCUUCAACAUCCCUGGCUUCCCCGGUGCUCUUACUAUUCCAUGCCUGAUCGCAUGUUCUUCGAGUGCUAGCAUGCCCUCAAUUGAUGAAGGGGCCAUCGAGGACGGUGAUCAGUCUAGUAGCAGAAGCAGCUCGGCUUCGUGCACGUCCUCGUCUACCUCGACCUACUCCACCGAGUUUGUCACUUGUGCCCCCAUCACCACGUUAGGUAGAACGACGUCAACCUGCACUACGUCAACUGAGAUCCACACAACCACUGGAUGUGAUCUCAAAGUCACAGACUCGAGUACCGCCACUACACAAACGCCCACGAGCACACCUCUGGCCUUGACGGCUGUGACAUUCCAUGUCGGCCCAGCCUCAUCCACACCUCCAUCUUCUGCCUUGCCCUUGACAGCUGUGACAUUCCAUGUCGGCCCAGCCUCAUCCACCCCUCCAUCUUCUGCCUUGCCCUUGACAGCUGUGACAUUCACUGUUGGCGGAAGCACGACGCCACCGGUCUCGACAUCGACAUUGUUUGGCGAUCUUCCGCUAAUAUCUAACUUCGAUUUCGGUCAGGUUGGACCUAAACCGACGGCUGUGCCUUUCACCACCACCUCAAUGAACGGCGAAAUACUCGCGUAUCCGUCGCGGAUCGAGGAAAAUUUCGCCCAAGACGGUAUAUUUACCACGAAGGGUGCGGGCACACCCGUGACACUGCAAGCUGCAUCGCCAACCCAGAUCAGCAGUAACCACGAUGGUUCAGGUCCAUGCAACAAAGUCCAGGACUCCUGCGACAAAGCGUACGGGAAGUAUGUAGAUGACACGAUCUAUUCAUCUUACACGUCUUACACAUGGAGUGGCAGCCUCAUGGUUGCAUCGAAUGGCCAAGCCGGUUGUGCUGCCAUGUUUACAUGCGAUAAUGAUAACUAUGGGUUUGGCAUGACUGGACGGCAGAUCAAGGCCGCUGUUAAUUACAUGAAGGAACAUGACGGUGUCGACAAGUGCGGAACCACAUAUCUGUCAAACUCCUGUCAUAUCACGCUCGAUGCCUGCGUCAAUAACUGCCAAGCCACGCUGUAA